CUCUGCGAUGACUACAGCAAGAUAUAGGCCUACCUGGGACUUGGUACUUGACCCGUUAGUGUCCUGCAAGCUCUGCCUUGGCGAAUAUCCUGUGGAGCAGAUGACAACAAUAGCACAAUGCCAAUGCAUCUUCUGUACCCUGUGCCUAAAACAGUAUGUGGAGCUUUUGAUCAAAGAAGGUCUAGAAACAGCAAUUAGUUGCCCUGAUGCUGCCUGCCCAAAGCGAGGUCAUCUACAAGAAAAUGAGAUUGAGUGCAUGGUUGCAUCAGAAAUCAUGCAAAGAUACAAGAAGCUUCAGUUUGAAAGAGAAGUGCUUUUGGAUCCAUGUCGGACUUGGUGUCCCUCCUCUACUUGCCAGGCAGUUUGCCAGCUCCAGGAAUCAAACCCUCAGAAUCCUCAGCUGGUCCAGUGCAAAGCCUGUGACAUAGAGUUCUGCUCUGCUUGCAAAUCCAACUGGCACCCAGGUCAAGGCUGUCAAGAGAAUAUGCCACUCUCCUUUCUUCCAGGAGAAACAAGUUCGGUUUUUAAAAUGGAGGAAGAUGAUGCUCCAAUCAAGCGCUGUCCAAAGUGCAAAGUUUACAUUGAGCGAGAUGAAGGCUGUGCCCAAAUGAUGUGCAAGAAUUGCAAACAUGCCUUUUGCUGGUACUGCCUGGAAUCCCUUGAUGAUGAUUUUCUUCUUAUACAUUACGAUAAAGGACCUUGUCGAAACAAGUUGGGUCACUCCAGGGCAUCAGUUAUCUGGCACAGAACGCAGGUGGUAGGAAUUUUUGCAGGAUUUGGUCUUCUCCUUUUGGUGGCCUCCCCCUUUCUUCUACUAGCUACACCAUUUGUUCUGUGCUGCAAGUGUAAGUGUAGUAAAGGAGAUGACGACCCUCUCCCUACCUAGACUGAGAGAAGAUUGGACUCAUCACAGCAUUCGUUUUGAUUUUAUUGUUGCUCUUGUUGUUUUCCUCUUGCACUUACAUUACUGUAGCCUUACUUGGCCCGUUCUGCUUUUUGUUGGCACGCAGUCUUGGUUCCAGGAAUUGCUU